CGUUUAUUCGUUUUUGACGUUCAAAAUUUGAUUCACAUGAAAUGUUUACAUUUGUUCUCGCUUCCCAUACAGAAUGAAUCGUUUCCUUGUGUCCUCUAGAAUAUUUCGGCAAAUAUUGCCCGUGAAAUGUCCAGCACAAGCGAAUCAUAUACGACCAUUCGCCAGCGGCAGACCACCAAAACCACCCGUUGCAGACGCGGAAACCAUUUUUGAUAAAAUCAUAAGAAAACAGAUACCGGCGGACAUAAUCUACGAAGAUGACAAGUGCCUAGCCUUCAACGACGUUUUACCCCAAGGUCCGGUGCAUUUCCUAGUCAUUCCCAAGCAGCGAAUUCCAAAACUUGAAGACGGAACCGUGAAGGAUGUGGAAACAUUCGGGCAUUUAAUGCAAAUUGCCGGUCAACUGGGAAAGCAGAAAGCUCCGAAUGGAUUCCGAUUGGUAAUCAACAAUGGAGACCAUGGGUGUCAGACGGUUCACCAUCUACAUUUGCAUAUUAUUGGCGGGCGUCAGUUGAGUUGGCCUCCAGGGUGAUUUAUAUUUUUCUAAUUUUGAUGUUAUGUAACCGCUAUUUCAUGGCUGUCGGAACUGAAUGUAAUUAAAUUUAUCCUUCAAACUGUUA